CGAUCCACUGGAGGGCGAUACACUUCAAAUCUGAUUCGAAAGCCACGUUCUCCUGUGACGUAAUCCUCUCCGUGUCAGUAUGGCAGACAGGCCCUUAUCUAGAGGUCUCUGUGAAUAAAGACAUUUCUACCGUGUAUUCAGAUCUAACAGUCGUGUUUAUAUGUGGUGAUCGCUGGCCGUUAAGUGUUUCGGAGAUCCUCUCGUGGGAGUGUCCUCGGGUGAUAUGAUUUGGGGUACUUUGUAUGUUUUACUGCUCUGAGGAAUGAAUCUUUACACUAUGAACCGGCAGUAAACGUCAGUUGUGUUGCUACAUAAACGCAUGUGCACCAGAGUGAUGGAGAGUGACUGUAGGAUCCCUAUGGCGUGUCUGAGACCCCGGAUCCUGGCCCUGCAUGCUUUAUUCUGGGGCUUAGUGUCUCUUAGAGUGUUUGGAGCAGCUCUUCUUAGCGAUGAGAAGGCAGCAGUUGCGGUGACAAAGGCAGUGACAGCACCGUGUUGGCAGCUGGAGGAGUUUGUGGUGGCUAAAGAGUGCAGUGCAUGCGAAGGUUUGCAAUCGAAAACUUUCAGCUGUCGCUCUACCAAAAUGGAGGAGCAUCUCUUUUGGAAAUUUGAGGGCACAGUGCUGGCUCUCACUGUUGUCUUUGCAAUACUGGUGGUCACUAGACAACGCUCGCUUGACCGCCAAGCCUCAGACAAAGUUCGGCGACAGAUAGAGUCUAUUUAGUAGACCGGACUGCACUAAAUGUUAAUGGGCCUGUGGCCUGGUGUUAUAAACUCUCAGUAAAGGGCAUAACCCUACAUUUCAUGGAGGCUUCCAGACUUUAUCACUGGUUUUAUCUUACUGGAUGCAGAAAGACAAAGCUCUGAACAGGCACAAUGUGCUUUUACUCCCAGACUGACAUUAGUUGUGGAUGCUGCUUCUGUGCAGGAUUUAACUAACAAGAUGUAAAUCUCAAGAUCAUCCCAUCAAAUCAGCAAACAAUAUGCAAGACAGGAGUCUAGUCCCUAUUUUGUAACAGAAGAUGUACAGAUCUGCGUACACCUGUUCUUUUAAAAGCUGUGAAGGUGAUGUGUGUAGAACAAAAUAUGGGUGUGUUGCAUGUUUUCAAUAAUCCAAAAGCACAUCAAGUAUUUUCUCAAGCUGAGAAUGAACUAUAUGGUCAAAGUCUUGAAAGAAUAUACGAUUUUGUGUGUCAUCACAAUGGGUUUAUGUUAGUCAAGCUGAGUUUUAGUGAAUAUCAAAGUUUUGGGGUUUGUUCAUUUGGCUUCAUAUAUUUUGGAACACGCUACCAUUCAUGAAAUCACGGAUGUCUUUUUCCUGACUUUCUCCAAACUGACACACUCGUCCAUCCAUUAACAUCGACAUGUUUCUUCCAGUAACAUUAACAGUAAUUUAAUGAAUCUUAUAUGUGCAGUUGCUGUUUGUUAAAUCCUUAUUUUCAGUAUAUACUUUUAUAGUGUUUUUGACACAUUCUUUAGAGACUUGUAGGUGCUCUUUAUUAAAGGUUUAGGUUUUUUUUUUUUCUUUUUUUUUCAUUUAUGACGUUUACUUUCAGUCUUUGCCCUCCUGAGUAAAAAAAAAUGUUUUAUAUAAAAUUAUGUGAACAAACGUCUUGGUUCAUAAUGUCAGUCUCAAAAAUACCAGCUCUGUACUCAUUUCUGACUGAUAUAUGCAAGACUGCAUUGUAGUGUAUGUUAAAGCUGCUUGACUUGAAAUGAAGAGGAUGAGAUGUAUUGAAAUCAACCCACCUUUUUGUUUUAUUAUUAGUUUUUUUUUUUUCUUUAUUUUGCAACCACUUCACAGCAAAAUUCAAUAUUGGAUCUGCAUCUCAUUUGUUGAAGGUGAUAUUUUGUGCCAUCAUCUUCAGAAAGACUUUACUCUGCUGGUUUUGGGUACAGAAGUACAUUUCUAACUUUUCCCCAUAAGUUUAUUUACAUUAUGAUUGGUUUGAUAAGAUAAUGCCUUUGUAUUAAGGCUGAUUGGUGUUUUUUUUUUUUUUUUUUUUACUCCACAAGUUAAAAAGGAAGCCAUGUGAAUUUGAUUGAACUUUGUCCCAUAACUGAUUUGAAUGAUCUAUUUAAAAUGUAAAAGGUGUAUUUUUAUGAAAGAUGAGUGACGUUUCCUGUCCUCUAUUGAAAAUGAACUGAGGAAUAAAUGGGCAAAAGGAAUUGUCUGCCCUUGUUUG